AUGCUUGAGCACUGCCGUUAUCCUAAUGUGCAAGUGCCCCCUCCGCCGCCUGGGCCCGGCUACCACAAGUGGAAGGACGGCCUGUACAAGCUGCACUCUGACUUCGUCACGUGGGAGAAGGCGAACGCGACGUGCAUAGCCGAAGGCGCCCACCUGCUCGUCCUCGACUCCAAAGAGGAGGCGGCGCACGCCCAGGACGUGAUCGACCGCUUCCUCAACUCCUCCAGCUUCUUUCACGUCGGCUUCCACGACAAGCACAAGGAAGCCAACUACGUCACGGUCUUUGGAAAGCCGUUGGCAAACACGGGUUUUCAUCAAUGGUGCCCAGGAGAACCUUCAGGAGGCAGUCCUGAAGGCUUGGAACAUUGUGGAUCAAUUAAGACAAUUAAUAAUGCGGUGUGUCUCAACGACAUCACUUGCAAUGUAUUCGAAGCGCCCUUCUUCUGCGAAUAUUAAUUAGUAACCUUAGGCCUACGUCACACGAGCGUUGCGUUGACGCUCGUUAAGAAAUGUG